AUGCAAGUGAUCAUAGUCUUCCGCUUGAGCUCAAAGCUCAACUUCUCAAAAGAAACUUCUCAGCAGAUGCGGCCAUUUGGAUUCAGUGUCUUGGAAGUCAUCCAGCAAUCGCCGCAGCCAUCGACAAGCAGUCGGGAUACUACCUCGCGGGCGACAGGGUUGACUGUGGCGCAGCCACGCCGGGCACUCCAGGAACUCAAGACGUGCCUCGAACAAACUUCUAGUCGGCAUGAAAGCCUGAGCCUGUACGAGGAGCCGUCCAUGGGUGCCGAGGAGUAUCCCGACAGCUGA